AUGGCGACUCCAUCGCAAGAGGAUGUCGACAGCUUCCUCAGCUUUUGCGAAAUCGUUACCGGCAGAAGACCCGACCCAAAACUUGCCCCGCGAUAUAUCAAGGAUGCGAAUGGGGACCUGGACCGCGCCAUCGGCAACUUCGAGCAGGAUCCCAACCGUUACGCUGCCGACAAGUACGACGAAACUCUCUUCUCGCAAGACCGCGAUGGCGGCAGCAACCAGUACGCUGGUGUGCCCUCUUUUCAGAUCGACCAUCCCAACGAGUCCCUGGCUCAAUACCCUCAGAGCACCGCCGCCACCCGGCCCAACACACCGAGUAAUAGUAUGCACGACUCCGGCAUGGCAGACUCCCAUGCCUUGGAUGCAGGAGCAGGCCAAGAGACGGGCGUGGUGGGCGCAUCAGGAGUCCAGUUUGGCCCUGCGACCCGGGAGUACUACGAGCAGAACCAAUGGGCCAUGACCACCGUUUCCAGCACUGUUCCCGACCCCCCUCCCGCCCAACGCAAGAGAGAACCCGGCGAGCCAGCGUUCAUAAAGCCCCUUCCCUCUCAGGACUACCUUCCCUCAUUGCUCACCAUCCUCAACGCGAUCCCCAGGUCCCACAACGCACUCCUCAUGAAGGGGCACAGUCUGCCGCAUUAUGGCCAAGAUCCGCAGUGGUGGGCUGGAAACCCCAUCGCUGUAGCACAAACAAUCGACCUCGACGACGUACGCCAGGACGAUGCGCGCCUGGAUAUCAUUCAUGAGACGCAGCGGAUCAUGGCCUUCCUAGACUAUACUGAUCGCGCAUAUGGAAGCGUCGAACCUCUGAACAAGAUUGAAAGCGGGGAAGGCAGCUCAGGGGAUACGGAAGCCGUGAAGUUUCUGGAGGCAUGGCACGCUGCUUCCUCACACCUUGAGCCUGGCGCUGGAUACGACACACUUUUUGAGACUACUGCGCGAGAACUCCGGUCUGGAGAGGAGGUCUCGAGCGCAAGUUUCAAGUGCUUGAUGCCGAUUCUGAGUAACCGUGGUGCUGAUGUUCCCGCGUCGUUGUACGACGUUCUGGACGAGACUAUUUGGUCCAACGAUCUUGACGGCUCCAAGGAUGUACACGCGUCAAUCAGCAGCCUUGCUGAAAUAUUAGUAAUGGUCGUGAAGCAGCCGGACUCGACCGCAACGGGGCUCAACAUGACCAUACCUUCGUCCUGGUAUGUCGACAGAUACAUGUCUCAGAACGAGACAAAGGCCAAGCAGAUGAGAAGAGCCCGCGCGGAUAGGAAAAAUGAACUCGGCCAGAUCCAGGCACAGUCGAAACGAUACUCAAAUUUCCACUACAACGGCACCUCGGGGAGCUCACUGGAUCUACUGGAGGUAGCCAUGUCUGCUAUGGCCAUGCAACCUCUCAGUCCCACGGGCGAUCCCAUGCCUAACCCCAACGCUGAACGCGAUGCCAGAUUGCAUCGGAAGAUCCAGAGGGUUUACGAUAGAGUCAAGAGGAAACUUGAAGUACUCAAGACCCAGGAAGAAGAGGCGCGUAAGGCGUACGAUGAGCUUUCCAGCCUUCUCAAGGAACCGAUAGAAGGAGCAGAGGAUAACCCGACGGUCAAGUACCAGCUUUGCGGUAUCUCGUCGGAUCCUGCGGUGACGUACAUCCGAAGCCGGCGCAACCUCGACGUUGAUCAGAACAUGGGCGAAGCUGUGGCGGUGGGAGACUCAGAGACAGCACGGACUUCGACUGACUGGUGGCGGAUUCACUACGAUAGCACGGGCCAGAUAUCCAAGUCGCGCAUCUCCGAGGUUGAUGUUCUCGCGGCAGCGGCCAUGGAAAAUCGCGAGGUUCUCCUGGUCUAUGCCAGCGAGAAGGCGCUCAGCGAGCCUUUCCAAGAUGCUCCCCAGGCACUUGCUGAAUUCGUUUCCGUAGACAACAUGCUGUUCCGUGAAGAACUUACUCAGGAUGCGGAGCAACCUCCUCCCUAUGACGGCAGUGGAUCGGUAGGCGGUGGCGAGGAUGCAGAUUUUACGAGCAUGUCGGCGAAGGAAUGGUACGGAGAAGGGCAGCAGAAGCAGCCUGAAAUGGCGGAGAUGGGCGCGGGCCUCGUGGCGGAGAUGGCGGCUGGAGCAAGCAGGAGUACGGAUGCGGAUGCGGAUGCGGCCAUGCCAGAUGCGGGCGGUGCUAGCUCGCAGCACAUUGAGUUCGCCGAAGGCAAAUAA